ACGAAGAUAAGAACAUCCUGCACUACGUGAUUAAAUUGGAUUUAGUGAAAAACAUUUAAUAUACAGUCCAAUAAUUAUUAUCAGAGUGAUAACAAUGAAAAACAGUUUCGCUGUAAGUCGUUAAAAGAGUUGAAAGUUUUGUAGAUUUUUAUGUAGGCAAAGACAAGUGUAUUUUAUAAACUUCUAACUUCAUAUCGGUGUUUAUUUAUGGCUGUCAUAAUAGUGGUUGAGUAAUGUGUGUAAUCGUUAUUUGUUUAUAAAAAUGGCCAAAGACUGCGUGAAAAUAUAAAAAUGGGUGCGAAAGAUUCAAAAAGGAUUUGUCUUAGCUACGAGGAUGCAAUCAAACGCAUGUCAGAUGCGGAACUGAAGAGAGUAUGCGAAGCGUUCAAACGCCUGACCAGCGGAGGCAGUCUUCUAGGACAGGCGGCCUUCGCCCAGCACGUCCUAGGAGAAGGAGUACCGGUACCCAUAGUCGAACGACUGUACACCGCCUGCGGGGGCGGUUCUAGGGGCAUAGCCUUGCGCGACCUCAUCUGCGGAUUGGUUUUGCUAACCAAAGGCUCUCAAGAUGAGAAGAUCAAGUUUCUGUGGACGCUAUACUGCAACGAUCCAGGAACCUAUAUAAGCCGGAAUGAAUUCCAAACGGCAUUACAGAUCGAAGGAUCGCUACCGCCAUCUGACGGUGGUGUUAGUAAACCGAACACGAACUGGGACAGGACGUUGAUAUCGCUGUUUGGAGUUGGUCAGGACAAGGUCGGUUUCGAGAACUUCAAGGCCUGGAUCAAGCACAACAAAGAUGUCACUAUUCUGUCGAAAUGGCUUUUAUCGAAUCCCUGCGUGUCGUUAAGUUCCGAAGUUGAAACUCCAACAUUCUACCAAACACUGGCCGGCGUAACUCAUUUGGAAGAACAGGAUAUAUGCGAAUUGGAGAAGUGUUUUUGGAGCAUACAGAGCGCCUCCAUAACUGGACAUCUCGAUUUCAACUGUCUACUUUUAUUGGUUUGUCCUCCUGUACCAACCAGAGCUUGUAGAGGACUUUUCUACGCUUUAGAUGUCAAUCAGGACGACCACAUCGAUUUCAAAGAACUGUGCUGCGGGAUAUCGGCCGCCUGCAGAGGACCUAUGGCCGAAAGGAUGAAGUUUUGUUUUAAAAUAUUCGAUAUGGACAGAGACCUUUACCUGAACGCCGACGAAUUGGAAAAUAUGAAGCAAACUUUGCAAUUAAUAUCAAAUGAAAACAAAUUAACCUACGCUCCUCAAUUCUACCUGGAUCAGCACAGCACAAACUUUGAAUCGGAUCCGAAUCACAAUAAAGCUUUGGAAUCUCUUUAUAAUAAAGUUGAUAGCAGGGGUGGAUUAACCCAAGAGGAUUUUCUCGUGUGGGCCGUGGAAGAUAAGAGCCUCGUAGCCCCAUUAUUAGAAUUAUUGUUUCAAGUGUGUCAUGUGUCAUUAGGUUUGAAACCACACUGCAGGCACAACGAAUACGAAAUAGUGAUGGGUUGGUUAGAACGAGAAGAACGUCGGGGAUAUUACGUUGGUCAGUUUUGGUACCUGAUUUCCUCCGAUUGGUGGCAGCAGUGGGUUAAUUAUACGUCCGCACCAAGAACAAACUCCGACCACUGUCAAUGCCGUAUCGAGUCCAGAAGCAUGAUAGAAGAGGGCAUUGUGUGCGACGAGAGCCUAAUAAGCAACGCUACUGAUUGCACAUCAAACAGUAACGAGUUUAAUUCAAACAGCAUGGAAUCCAUGGGAGAUUUGUUAAGUAGGGGUGACAGUUGCAGCAUUGCUUCAAGUUCUGGAGUAUCUAGCAGUUCAGGUACCGCCUCCAAAAAAGGCCUAGGUCCUCCAGGACCUAUUGAUAAUAGUAGCUUAGUCGCCGAAAGUACUUUUAAAGUACCCACUUUAACGGGAGAAGGUGGUCGUUUAAAAAGAGAGACUCCCUUAGCACAGCAUAGAGAUUUUGAAUUAGUACCUGAUUCUCUAUGGAAGGCUUUAUCUAUGUGGUAUGGAGGUCCAUUGCCUUUACCCCGUCAAGUUAUUAAACCACCAGGAAGAUCUGAGGUAGAACUAGAGCUGUACCCGCUGAAUUUGAGGAUUUUGAGACAUCAAGUACAACAGCCUGUCAGUAUGGCAUCGACGUGGGGUAGUGUUGUCGGAGGAUAUGGCGCACUGACUACCGCCGGCUUAGCCCCAGCUUCGCCAGUGUCUUCGAUUCGACGUAAUCUUUCCCAUGUUGCCGCAUUUUCUCGUUUGGCCACCAUCCAGCAAGUAACCGACUUCCUUUGCGAGCAUCUAGGAAUAAAAAUCGAAGAUGCCCGAUUGUGGCUGUUGAGGGAUCACCAACAACCUUUCUUGCUGGAGGACGAAAGAGCACAACUUCAAGAUCUAGGAAUAAAGGACGCUGACCAAAUACUGUUGGAAGUCAGGAAUAAAGACCUCACGUGGCCUGAAGAACUUGGACAGCUAGCGGCCAGUGGUGGAAAUGAAACGGCUUUAGUAGAACGAAGACCGACGAUAUGUCUACCUCCAGGCGCAACUGGUCUUCACAAUCUGGGAAACACCUGUUUCAUGAACGCCGCUGUACAAGCUGUUUCAAACACCAGACCGCUCACCAUGUAUUUUCAGCAAGAUAAUCAGUUGUCUGAAUUGAACUGCAAUAAUCCUCAUAGUACUAAAGGGACUGUAGCAAAAAAAUAUGCGGAGUUAUGCAGGGAACUAUGGGCCGGAUCUACAAGAAGCGUUGCACCAUUGAAGCUAAGAUAUUGCGUGUCAAAGUAUGCUCAACAUUUAAGUGGGGGAGGGCAGCAAGAUGCUCAAGAACUUUUGGCAUGGUUAUUAGAUGCUCUCCACGAGGAUUUAAACAGGGUACCAAAAAAACAGUAUAUAGAACUCAAGGACAGCGACGGGAGACCUGACGAGGUUGUGGCUGAUGAGGAAUGGCAGUACCACCUCAAAAGGGAACAUUCUAUUAUUACCGAUUUGUUUCAUGGUCAAUUAAAAAGCAAAGUGACGUGCAAGACAUGCGGUCACGAAUCUGUCAAAUUUGACCCAUUUAACCACUUGAGUCUACCAUUGCCUAUGGAAAGCUAUACGCUAUGUCAAAUUUUAGUGGUUAGACUUAACGGGAAGUGCCCUAUCAAGUAUGGUCUGAGGCUAAACUCUGAAGCUAAAUAUGGAGAUCUUAAGGAACAGCUAAGUGAGCUAUGUGGCGUUGAUGCGAAGAGAUUACUAUUAGCUGAAGUAGAUACUUGCCAAGUUCGAGCGCUGUUGCCUGAUGAUAAUCGCAUCAAUCCAGCAACAGCCUGUGAACUUUACGCUUACGAACUUCCUGCAGACUUCAAUAACCAGGAAAAGGGAGAGAAGGAACAGGCUGAAGGAGAGGGAGAUAUUGAGACAGAGGCCUCGACGGGCGCCACCGACAGCCCCCUGGCCCGCAGCCCAGAGGUAAGGAGUGGUUCGGCCAUUUGCAUGCCCAACAUUCUAUGCUUUAAGACUAAGAAGGAACCAUCGUUGAAUAAAAGCAUUCCAUUCAAAAGGUCGACUAUAUCGAUACAUUCCAAUAGCUCUUCGAACACGACAGGUGCCUUUGAUCCUUCUAACCUACAUAGACCACCGUCAUACCUUAUAGCAGUACACAGGAAAUGCGUCAUACAAGAAACUUACUUCCUAUCCCAACAAAAAAGCAAGCCAAGUCUAUUUGGAAUGCCCCUAUUAUUGGGAUGCAAUUCUAGCAGCACUUGCAGAGAUCUAUACGAUCUAGUUUGGGGCCAAGUUACCAGACUGCUCAGCCCUCUACCACAAAGCGAUCAAACUAACCACGCUACAGACUGUGAUGAUUCCUUAGGUUACGAAUUCCCGUUCACAUUAAAGGCGGUCUUGGCUGGCGGACAAAUUUGCGCUAUCUGUCAUUGGACGAAAUUUUGUCGGGGUUGCCCUCUACCUUGUUCAGACGAACCUCUGUUGCAUAGGUGUGGUUCUACCGGGGCUCAGACUAUGCAUAUCGCUAUCGACUGGGAUCCCACAGCUCUACAUUUGCGAUAUCAAACUAGUAGAGAGAAGUUAUGGCAAGAAGAUGAAUCCGUAGCAAGGUGUCUUAAACUUCAUACUGAACCGAUAGAUCUUGAUUACUGUUUGAGGGCCUUUACCUCGGAAGAACGGCUCGAAGCCAAGUAUCAUUGUAGUAGAUGUAACGAUAAACAACCUGCUACGAAAAAGUUACAGAUUUGGAGGUUACCUCCUAUACUUAUUGUACAUUUGAAACGGUUCGAUUAUGUUAAUAAUAAGUGGGUGAAAACGCAAAAGGCUGUCAAUUUCCCAUUUAAAAACUUCGAUCCUACAGCUUAUCUUGCCUCAGUGCCUCAGGAAACUAUACUUAGGCAUCGUCAGUUGAUGGAAGAAAAAAUGAGAAAAGAAGAUGAGAUGCUACAUGAUGAGAAAAUUUUGGAAGACGUAAGUGAGGCGUCAAUGUCUAGUACCAGAAGCAGUACUCAGGAAAACUCAAUUUUAAUCAUGGAUAAUACAAUGGGCGAAGAUCAAAAGGAAAUUAAGCAUAACGAAGAUGCUUCUACAUCAAGUGGAAAUGUAUGCAACGGUGAACAGUGCAAGUUGUUGGAAUGCGGACAAGAAGAAAACAAAAGUUGUAAUUCUAGUGGAAAAGAUGAAGUAGAUAACAUUGGUCUAACCAGCACGCCCAAACUAAGACCUGAGAGGGUUAAUAAAGUUAGGUCUAGGUUAAUUUCAACCAGUCUUCUUAAAACGCCCAUUAUCGAUGAACAUCUCAAAGAUUAUCACGAACAUAAACUGCUGCCUGGACAAGAUCCCUUCGAUUUAAAAUACCAGUUAUAUGCUGUUGUGAGUCAUUCUGGUCUACUUAAUGGUGGACACUAUAUUUCGUAUGCGUGCAACCCCAAUGGAAACUGGUACUGUUAUAAUGACAGCUCUUGUCGAGAAGUAAUGGCAGAGUGUGACGUUUCGAAGUCUACAUUGUCGUUAAAUAGCAGCAAAGGCUCGUCUUCUGGUUGUACGCCACUGGGGAGAAGAAAAAAUCCACCAGAGAAUCAAUCGCAACAAAGAAAAGCAAGUACGGGAUCCACAGAUUCAGAACGUACGGCGCCUUUGGCUACGGUAGACACUUCUAUAGGAUCGUCCGGCAACGGUUUUGACAGCGGCAACGGGUCGGAAAACAGCGACAGGACAUCUGGAAAUGGAGUGUCAAGCAAACCGUCGAAUUCGCCUUACACUGGUAGGCGGUCCACUAGUAGCAGUACAGGCAGUAUGGGCAAUCUUGCCAAUGGUUUUAGAUGUACCUAUAACAACGCUAAAAUACCGAAAAUCGACACCAGUUCCGCUUACAUCCUGUUCUACGAACGUUCCGGUCUGGAUUACAAGCCGUAUUUACCCAAGGUGGUGCCAUCUGCCGACGGUUCUAGUCAUGCCACAGCAGACGACGUGGACGAAGCCGAGAGUGAACUGCGUAAGCAACUUUGCAGUAUACAGUAGUAGUCUGUUUUAACUUGAUUAUGCUUAGUUUUGUGAAAAAAAUAACAUACUGAACUAGAAGAAUCCUCUGUUUUAAUAUUGUCUUGUUUUGUGCAUUUUUGUUGAGAUUAGUUUGCUUCUAGUUCAAUAUGAACUAUUCGUUUGAAUUUGUUAUUUCGUGGGUACAAGAUCGGAAUUUAAUAGGCCGCCUAUUUUAGUAUUUUUUCGUGUUUUAAGUUAUUUUAAAAUAAUUUUGUUUUUAUGCAAUAAUUCUCUGCCCUCAAAAAUGAUUACUUUGUUCAGACAAACAACAUUUUAGAUCAACAUUGGAAAUAAACACGUCGAAAUGGUCUAGGAGAGAAAGGUGAAACUGCUGUAUUUGUAAAUAAAAGAAUUUUAAGAUCCAAGAUUGGUAUGCAGUAUGUCAUAGGCUGAUGUUCUGGUUCUGUUUUUUUCUUAGUUGUUGUCGCUUCUUACCUUUACUUGUAAACUUGAUAAAAUUCCUAAGUAUUUGGAUCAUUUUUUGUAGAAUAAAGAUUUGUUCGACGCAGUUUAUUUUGAUAUUAUGGUGUCUGUGUGUUUAAAGUUGUAAGUAGUUGUAAUUAAUAAUGCAAAGGCAUCAUCUUGACCGUGAAACUCAGUUGUGAGCCAUAGAUAUGAUAAGAGGCGGGUGGGAAUAUAAGAGACGUGGCAGCCGGCAGUAAGCUCGACCAGAAGUAGCAUUGGUUGUUUGUGGUAAUGAUAUAGGGAGACCGGUGAAGUGAGGGAAAGACAUUUUGGCUCUAGAAGGGUAACUGAGCUUGUAACAGAUUCAUCCGGAUUCAAGCACUUCGGACUCCACACCUGACAGCUUCUCAAAUAAGAAAUGAGCACCACCUGAAGCGCAGAAAUAGCGUUCAGCAAGUGGAUGUCAGAACUCAAACUGUUAGGGACAGAUUGUAUGAAGAUAGACUGCAUGUCCGACCCGUUAGAGUUCCUGUGUUGGCACGAUUAAACCGCGGAAGGAGAUUAAAGGUUGAUUCUCACUAUACCUUCCAUAUCAGCUUCCUUCCGUUUA